GGGCGCGGACGUACGCCGCGUAUUAAUAGCCACCGUGAACGGCCACCGCAACCGAGGGCGGCCCCACGCGCCGCGAGUCGCACCGCAACCGCGCACCCAAACGCACGCAUAGCACGCAACUAACGUCUAAACCAUACACACCAUCUCGUAAUACGUACGAAGCGAAAAGCGAAACUAAAUACGGAAUUCCAAAUAGUCAAAAACCGAACGUCGAAAGUGAGAGGGACGUGCGUGCGGUGGUCGCGUAAAUACGCGUCACGAAAAAAGUGCCGUCAGUGAAACUAGUGAAAAGUUUUUUCGCCGCGCGCGGGGGAGCCACCCUCUGCGCCGGAAAAAAUCGGCCCCUCGCGUCCCUCGCCCGCCUACCGCCGAACUUUUCAUUCACGGGGGAAAAAAGUGUGGCAAGGCCGUCGUGACGUCACAGCGUCAAGUGGCCACGCGCGCGUUUCCUAGCAACGGAUCACGUCUCGUCAGCUCGUCUUUAAAAAAUUUUGAAUCGUCGGUAGUUAGGAGUUGGUGAACAAUGGUACUUGUAAACGAGAAUGUGGUGUCGGCACGGUGGUUGUCUCCGGCUUGGAGGAAGGAGUGACAUGUAGCGAAGGGCGCGAGCACAGUGGACUAUAUGUGUAGUACACAGCGCGCGCGGGUGUCAAGGAUGCACCUGACGGGCGCGAGCAGCGGCGCCGUGUCGCCCGACACCAGUUCCACGCUGCUGCACGAGACGUACACGAAGAUGACAUCGGACAUCCUCGCGGAACGAACUCUUGGGGACUUCCUGUCCGAACACCCUGGGGAGUUGGUUCGGACGGGCAGUCCUCACUUCGUGUGUACGGUGUUACCGCCACACUGGCGGUCAAAUAAGACGUUACCGGUGGCGUUCAAAGUGGUUGCACUGGGCGACGUCGGGGACGGCACGCUGGUCACUGUUCGGGCUGGCAACGAUGAGAACUGCUGCGCGGAGCUGAGGAACAGUUCAGCAGUCAUGAAGAACCAAGUGGCGAAGUUUAACGACUUGAGAUUUGUCGGCCGCAGUGGGCGCGGAAAAUCGUUUACGUUAACGAUAACGAUAUCAACGACGCCACCGCAGGUCACCACGUACAACAAGGCUAUUAAGGUGACAGUCGACGGGCCCAGGGAGCCACGGUCCAAAACCAUGUUGUCUCUCCUAGGGCAGCAGCAGCAGUUUCACUUCGCGUUCGGACAGCGACCUUUCCCGUUUCCGCCGGAUCCCCUCGGCGGGUUCCGUAUGCCGCCCAUUACUACUUGUCAAAAUAUGAGCCAAUUUGGGCUUAGUUCGAGCAACUCACACUGGGGCUACGGCGGCGCGGGCGCAUACCCAGCAUACCUACCAUCUUGUGCCGCGCCAGCAGCUUCACAGUUCAACCCGCCCGCGCUCGGCUUCGCGGGUUCGGUACCAGAACAGACACCUUCGCAAGACUUCUCCGCUAAUAAUACGGUAUUGCCGGACACGACUGGUGUGGAUUUAGACCAACAGCUAUCAGGACUGGUCGGAUCGUCGCCGUCGCACCACGGAAGUCUCCUCCCGCGGUAUAAUAACAAUGCAGACUACAGUCUCUCGACGGGGCCCCGGUCGUUGAGUGAUAACAGCUCGCAGCCCGAGUCUCCAGUACAGGAUGACUUGCUCACAUCGAACACGACAACAAACGUAGGACACAAUCACACAAAUAGCUCCAAUUUCACAUCCCUAAUGAGUUCACAGAACUCUUCGUACGGUAGUAGUAAUUGUAACAAUUCGUUAUACCCAGUCCUUCCCGCGAGUUUGUUGUACAGCCAAUUGUACACAGCGGCGAAUCAAACACACAACUUUCAUCCACUGCAUUCGAACUCGAUACAUUCAACGCAGAACCAUCAUAAUGAGUUGCAGACUAUGAUGGAUCAAAUUUCAUCGACAACGAGCAAUCAUAGACAACACACGAACCAUGGACAAGGUGAUUUGUUAUUGGGAGGGGGAAAUUCGUGUGCUGCAGCAGCGGCUAGGGGAGAAGACGGGAGAGUCAACAAUCUUGGACAACGGGGGAAUCCGCAACCUGACAGUAAUAGUGUAUGGAGACCUUAUUAAAAUAACACGACACUUCUUUCUUUGCAAUGUGAUAUAGACAAAAUUAGUUUCAAAUUCUUUACCUCAAUACUAGAAUAUUGCUAGUGCUUAUUGAUACUAUAUCAAAAAAUGAUUGUAUUUUAUAUAUGAUCGUAAAAAAGAAAGAGGUUGUCACUCUAUAUUAAGUUUUUAAACAAUAGUGCAACGAAAUAGCUGAUAUCUACGAUAUCAUUGUAAGUACAUGUAAUAUAGUAAAUGUAUGUUUUACAAAAUUACAAGGUCUUCCUUAAUAAGUAUUGCAAUUUUGAGGUAUACUAUAAAUUUUGUGGUUUUUCAUUAUUUGACAAUAUUUUACACAGCAACAUUCCAUUACAUGACAGUGUGUUGUUGAUAUAUAAUUUAUAUUAUCUGAUCACUACAAAUUAGUUUCUUAUCAUCGAGCAUUAAUAACUAAAUUUACAUUCACCUUAUAAAUGUAAGUAAAUAAUGUUGGAAAACUAACUAAAUAGUGAUAAAAACAAACAUAUUUAGGUAGCAACAUUUAAAUACAAAUAGUGGAUCUAAAUAAAUAGAGGCUUAAAAAACUAAACAAUAAUGAUAAACGAGAUAUACAAGUAAAUUAUUAUAGUUUACAUAAAUGAUCACUUUAAAUCCCGUUUCUUAUAAACCAUAAAACAUGCAGCGAUAUCGAAAAUUUAAUGUCACUUAUAUUAACAAGAUUUUUUUAAAAAAAAAUUUUUGUUGAAGCUUUAGUACACCGGAGUGACUAUGCCAGCCUCAUAGGGAUUGUCUGAAAGUCAGUCUGUCAGUCCAGCAGGGACACCCUUACCCACAGAUAUAGCCGUCUUGCAUUGUAACUGCCAGGUUGACCUAGUAUUAAAUUGACAUAACCGUUAUAUAAUGGCAUAUCACCCAGAAUCCGCUGUUUCAGGUUACAAUUCCGGCCACAUUCCACCAGCAAAUGUAGCAGGUCUUCUACUUUGUCACAAUACAUAAUUAACAAGAUUAAAGAGUGCCUAAAUGACCAUUUCGAUGCUGUAGGUGCCAGUACAUUGUUACUAUUUUGUCUUUAGAAACAAUCAUGCUGUGGUAGAAUCAGUAUUAAAGUCUAUGAGUUUAGAAAAGCCCAAAAUUCCGUUCCAUUUAUAAAUUCGUGUUGACCGUAGCAGUGAAAACAUUUUUGCGUCGCUGACUGUGAAUCUUGUUAAAGCUUGUUGUGCACUCUAUAAUUAACUACAUAUAAUUUUAUUUAUUUUUAUGUAAAAUAAUGUAAAACCAUAAAUUAAACAAAUGGUUUAAUUCGAGAUAGACGUUGUAAUUCUUAGUAUCGAGGACCUUUUAAUCAAUUAGCAAAUUUUAUAUUGUUCUCAAAAUUCGGUCCCGUCCUGAAAUUAUACGACUUUGUUUAUUAGAAUAUUGGCGUGUUACUUAUUUCUUUUAAUAAAUUAAUUUUAAUUAAUAACGGUCUAUAUAAUUAAAGAUAGGGAUGUAAAUAAUCAUUAUAUCUACUAAAUAUAUAAUUAUAUAGACUUCAGAUUACAAACUGCCAAAUAUUUAUUUUGAAUUAUUCGUUAUUGCCAAUUAUAGUUUAUAAUUAUAUUAUUACACACAUAUUAAUAGUAACGGAAUUGGACAAAAUAAUUCUAAUUAAAUAUCCGGUGAUAUGGAAUUCGACAAGAUAACACCUACUUCAGUACAAUAAUUAUUAAUUACUUUUAGGGAUUUAACAAAAUAAUUACGAAUAUCUACAUAGUUAAAUUAUGCCCGACGAACAUUCAAAAACUUUUCACUAAAAAAAAUAGCACGGAUCUAAAAAAGACUCCGCGUCGAAUAACACAAGAAGAUGUAAUCCGACCACACCCUAUUUAAACUAAACUGUUACCUCUUGUGAUUCUAUUAUUAUCAUGGAUAUUAUAAUAAAAUAAAACAAAAAUUUACAUGUUUCAUGUAUUAACUUAUUAAAUAAAAAGUAUAUACCUAAUUGAUAAGAGACCAUGAUUAGAGAAUUCAGAUAAAAGUACACGCAUGUGUAGUUUUACAUUAAAGCUCAGUUAACUUCAUGCAAUGUUCUCUACAACAACAAAUUUUUUAACUUCGAUAAGUAAAUAUAUACAUCUGAUGAUAAUUCACUUUUUAAAUUGAAAGUAACUCUUGUUAGCCGGCGGCAACUUAAUUCGUCGUGGAGUCUUUUUUUUUAUCCAGGCACAAAGCAAUACCUAUUAUAAUUAUGUGAAAUACUAUUUUAUUUUUAUUAUUGUUUAUUGUUUGUUUUUAAAGUUAAUGAUAAUCUUCAUGACAAACAGUGCAUUGUACUUUUGUGUAUAAUGAAAUAUAUCUCAACCUCUACGCUGUACAUGCAUAGUAAGUAAAUAAAAAAAUAAAUGUAAAUUACAUGUAUUUGCACGUCAUGAAGUUUAUCAACAAGCUGAUACAGACUUAUAUUAAGGUUGUAUAUAAAAUGUGAAUACAAUGUUGUAACGCAUCUUGUAAAGUGCAAUAGAUGUGCAAUUAAUAAAGUUGAGUAGAUGUAUACUGGUUUAAUUAGUGUAAGAUACACUAUCUGUUGACUAUGUGAACUCUGUCCAUAUGUAGAUACCUAUUUAGAUUCUGUUCUAUGUUAUGUUAAAUGAUAAUUGAAUUUGAUUUGCUCUAUUUAUCGAUCUAUCGUUACUUAGGUACAUGUGCCAAAUAUACUUAGUUAUAAAUAGCAAUAAUUAAUUUUUAUAUGUGUCUUUAUGCAAUUAUAUUUUAACGUUUUACACUAAAAUGUAAAAAGUACCAACCGAUAAUAAUGAAAAGUACCUAAACAGUAACUCAAGUCUUUAUAAAUAAAAUGACUUUGUUACCAAUGUAAUAAUGUUAUAUUACACGUAUAAAAAUAAUUUGUUUGUUUUUUUCGAAAACCCCUAAUUCGUAAAUUUUAAUUUUAGUUUGUUAAAAUUAUACCAAAUAUACCAAAGAUAGAAAAGGGGACGUAAAAAUCUUAUGCCAAAACAUUGUCUGUAGCUAUUUAAAUAUGUUGGUACUUAGUAUUUACACUUUGUGCAAUA